AUGUCAUCCCGAUUGCGCGAGUCUCUUUUGUUUGCAUGGGCACUACUCGCCACAGCAGCUGUGCUGGUCCUGGCUGUAUGGGCGUCUCAUAAACAACAGACCGGCUUCGACAAGCCCGCUGGGAAGCGCAAUCUCAUCUUCAUGGUGUCCGAUGGAAUGGGUCCAGCCUCACUGUCCCUGACCCGGAGCUUCAGACAACAUACCGAGGGCCUCGAGUACGGCGAUACCUUGACCCUAGAUAAGCACUUCUGGGGCACUAGCCGGACGCGGAGCAACUCCUCACUCGUGACUGACAGCGCUGCUGGUGCCACUGCCUUCAGCUGUGCUAGGAAGAGCUACAACGGUGCCAUCGCCACGCUCCCCGGUUACAAGCCAUGCGGGACUGUGCUGGAAGCCGCUAAGAAGUCGGGAUAUACAACAGGCUUGGUUGUCACCACCGAUAUCACGGAUGCCACACCUGCCUGCUUCGCUAGCCACGUUAGCGACCGCUCUCAACAAGACGAGAUUGCUUUGCAAGAGAUUGGUCAGGGGCCCCUCGAUCGUGUUGUAGACUUGAUACUCGGGGGCGGUCGAUGCCAUUUCUUGCCAAACACUACCGAUGGAGGCUGUCGUGAGGACGACAUUGAUGUCAUUGAGUUGGCACAGAAAGAGUACGGUUGGAACUAUAUUGGCGAUCGAGCUGCCUUUGAUGACUUCUGGGAGGGCAAGAAAAAGGUCCCAUUGCCCAUGCUAGGCCUAUUCGCCCCAACCGACAUUCCCUUCGAAUUAGAUCGCCGGACCAUGAACGACCAAUACCCCAGUCUGAGCGAGAUGGCUAAAACGGCAUUGCGUGCGCUCGAGAAGGCUACGGAGAAAAGCGACAAGGGUUUCUUCUUGAUGAUCGAGGGUAGCAGGAUCGACCACGCCGGACACGAGAACGACCCCUCCGCGCAAGUUAGGGAGGUGCUGGAGUACGACAAGACCUUCCAGGCCGUGCUAGAUUUCCUGGACGGGAGCAAAACCGAGGGUGUCCUAGUUGCCACCAGCGACCAUGAGACAGGUGGUUUAGCCGUAGCAAGACAAAUCAACGCAGACUAUCCGCAAUACCUCUGGUAUCCCCAAGUCCUAGCCAACGCCACGGCAUCCUCGGAGCAUCUGGCGCGUCGGCUCUGGAAGCACAUGGCCGCCUCCCCAGACGACUCUGUAAAGGAGCUAAAGAAGUACGUCAACGAGGAGCUCGUCAUCCCGGGCCUCGGCAUAUCGGACGCCACGGACGAGGAGCUAGACAACAUCGUCCUGUCCCCAGCGCUCGCGCAGCCCGCGUUCGCCGAAAUGAUCUCGGUCCGCGCGCAGAUCGGAUGGAGCACACACGGGCACUCCGCCGUCGACGUCAACAUCUACAGCUCUGGCGGCCCGGGCACCGAGGCGCUCCGCGGCAACGUCGAGAACACGGACGUGGGCGUGUUCUUGAGGGAGUACCUUGACGUCGACGUCGACGCUGUGACGAAAGAACUUAAUGAGAAGAUGGUGAUUGAAUCAGUGUCCCGUGAGGCAGAGAUGGGCGAAGUGGAUCAUUGGGAGUCUCACCAGGCGUUGGAGCAGCGCCGCAUGCGCGAGUCUGUCUAA